AUAUCAAACCUUGGUARUUACUGUACAUUCAUAUAUCAAACUAUCACCAAUGGUUCAAGUGUURYAGUACGUGAAUAAAUUACUUAACAAACACUAGAAAUAUUAAUUUUCAGCGAUGACCCCCURACGUUUUUGCAGAAAAAGUAAUAGGCCUGUCCAAUAAUGUUUAUUCAAAAGCGUAAGGAAUUAGCACGAUACCUCAAAUGAUAAAAUUUUGGACAUUUUUGCAUGYGCAAGGCAAACCUKGUACCUCCUCACGUGAUGUAAUCAUCUAGAUCUAUUUUUUCCCCUCACAUUAUCAAAUUUUGAAAUCAAGAAUUGAAGACAAACAAAAAAGUCGAAUACGCUUCGUCAUCUGCACCCAUGAUCGCAUCAUAUUCUAUGCAUUCAAAUCACACAGUGCACCGACCAACUUUCAUCUGUGAAAGUCCUCGACAAGUGUACACGGCACGUAAUGAUGUCGGACCAUUAUCGCAAAAGCAAACAAUACCACCGGUAGCUAUAUUGAGAAACCUUCCAAUACGAAAAGAACCAUCCCUAAACGAUAUCAUCUGUGCCCGUGGAAGAGGAUACUGGGAUCAUCCUGGAAAUAAAAUGUAUCGUCAAUGUAUCGAUUUAGCCAAARCACAAUAUUGCAGGGCUCCUAACCGGCUCGGGAAAUCAUUAAUCGUAUCAGAGAUAAUUGACGCUAUCCAUAAUUCUGGUAGGGGAUUUUUCAAGAAAGUUCACGGAAAAGAGAAUGAAUGGGUCGAAUGCAAUGAAAAUUCGAUCCGGGAAAAAGUCACACAAAGUUUGCGCGACGGUCUUUCCUUCAAAUACAGUUCAUCGAUAACAAGAAAGAGGGAAAAGAAAGCGAGGGUCCAAGAAGCCUUCUACGGAGACAUCGACGUGAUCGUCCAUUCAAACAAAGCAGUUUCUCAAMAAAUAAAAGAUCURGAGAAGAAGGUUGAAUGGGCAAAUCGCAAUUACGGAAUAGAAAACGAUGCUCGAGUUUCGGACGAGGCAAUAAUGAAAAUUUUUGACGAGGGAAAUUUGAAUAUCCUGGAAACUAUGAAAAAAGAUCGAUCCAUUCUUGAUCAAUUACAUCAGAUUGGCAGAAAGAAAACAAAAUCUCACAUUCACCGAGUAUCCCUGCCGUUGUCACCCCCAAAAAUGGGUUCGAGAGAGAGUUUUUCAUUGGAAUUCCCUCUACCUUUUUCAACUGCAAACAACAAUGAACCUGGUAAAAUUUCACCGUCAGCAUCUGUAGAUUUGGAGGCGGUAACUGUUCAGCAACACGAUGAAUACGUCUUUGAUUCCAAUGGCAAAAUGGAUAUCGAUCUGGAAUCGACGUCGACAAUGUUUCUUGACAAUAUAGUGCACUACAUAUGAUUAGGAUAAACUUUUAAAACUAUU